AUGUUAUCCACCCUCAUCAGUCCAAUACGACACUGGGAUACUGAAGCAUCAUCGGCUGAGGAUGCAGACAAUUCAAGCAGCAGUUUGGAGGUGAAAGAGAAUGAGGAUUAUAAGAGCCACAUGGACUGCGACCUACUACGGAAAUAUCAUCCAGCAGCUUUUUGCACAACUUUCCCCAAACACAGUACCCGAUCCCUAAAGAGGAAGCAGUCGCUGCUCCACCAGAGCCCCUUGACUUGUAAGAGACCAGCCUGGGCUGUCACUCAGAAAAACGCACUUGUGCACCUCAACGAGUUACAACCUGGUCUGCGGUAUGAAAUCAUGUCGAAGACCGGCCCACUGCACGCUCCAGUGUUUUCUGUUGGUGUGGAGGUGAACGGUUUCCAUUUUGAGGGCAGAGGACCGACUAAAAAGCAAGCCAAGAUGAGGGUUGCAGAACUUGCGCUUCGGUCUUUCAUCCAGUUUCAAAACGCCUCGCAGGCUCACGCCUCCAUCGGGAACUUUACCAGCACUCCUGUGGAUUUUACAGCCGAUAAACUGGACAUCCAUGAUGCAUUCCUUAAAGAGUUUGAGCCAUCUUUGCUGGAAAACUGUCAACUCCUACAGUGCAACACAGCAAAAAAUGAGUUUUUCUACAGACGAGUUGUCCGCCUCAAACUGGACUUCUCCUCAACUAAACCCAAAAGACAAGCCAUUAGCACCUCACUUUUAGAGCACCUCAGCCCAGUGGCGCUGCUCAACGAGCUGCGACCAGGACUCAGAUACAUGUGCCUGACGGAGAGAGUUCAUGGCAGGCCAAUGAGGAGUUUUGUUAUGGUGGUCAGGGUGGAGGGGGGGGUGUUUGAAGGGUGUGGUCACAGUAAACGGAUGGCAAAAGCCCAGGCAGCAGCAGCCGCCCUGCAGUCCGUUUACAACAUCACUCUGGGACCGGAGAGGAAAGUGAUGGGUCUUAACGGCAGCAGAGCUAAACUUCAGCUACCUCAGGUCUUUGCAGAGUCCGUCUUCCACCUGGUGAGAGAGAAAUACUCCGAGCUGACGGACGUUUGUUCCUCUUCGUACGCCAAACACAAAGUGCUGGCAGGAGUCGUGAUGAGCAGAGGAUUUGACCUCAGGACAGCGCAGGUGGUGUCUCUGGCCACAGGGACUAAGUGUGUGGAUUUGGACAAUGACAGUGACCACAGUGUAACACUCAGUGACUGCCACGCAGAAGUCAUGAGCCGCAGGGCGCUGGUUCGAUUCCUGUACGCUCAGCUGGAGCUGCUGCUCUGUAAACCAGCAGACGGUGAGGAACAAUCCAUUUUCGUACCAAAUGAAGUUGGCGGUGGCUUCCGGCUGCAGGACGGCGUUUUCUUCCACAUGUUCGUCAGCUCGUCGCCGUGCGGAGACGCUCGACUCAACUGCCCCUACGAGACCACGGCUGCAUGUGAGAACAAUGUUAUGAUAGCGUUAAAGAUCAAAUCAGAGAAUCACCAAAAUCCCAGCAGGAGGUUUCACUGUCACCUCAGGGUGAAAGUGGAUGGUGGAGAAGGGACGCUGCCAAUCACAGCAAGAAGAGCCAAUCAGAACAAUAUGGCAGCAUGUAAAUCACCCGUCACAAUGUCCUGCACUGACAAGAUGGCAAAGUGGAGUGUUGUUGGCCUGCAGGGGGCGCUCCUCUCUCACCUGGUGGAGCCGGUUUACCUGCACAGCGUCACCGUGGGAACGCUCAGCCACACGGGUCACCUGAGCCGAGCCUUUGCACACCGCCUCGCACCCGUCAAGCACCUACCCUUCCCUUACCGUCUUCGGUUUCCUCUCUGCUCAGGUCUGAACAGCAGUGAUGUUCGGCCGUCAGGAAAGGCACCAAACGUCAGCGUUAAUUGGAGUCGCGGGGAUGGAGGUUUGGAGGAGAUCAGCAACUCUACAGGACGGAAGAAAGACUCAGGGACGCCGUCUCGGCUCUGCGGGCGAAACAUGUUCGAAUGCUGGCAGAGGCUUCAGCAACAGUUGAACGGUGCAGAGGCGACUCCAUGCUCAUAUUCUGGUUCCAAGAUGGCGGCCGGACGUUACCAAAGGGCGAUGCAUCAGUUCACCAGCGCUCUGCAGGGUGGAGGGCUGGGAACUUGGCUCAGAGAAACUCCAGAACUGGGUCACUUCAAUGUUAGUGUGUGA